GUUGCUGAUGUGCCAUUGUGUUCUUCUCUCCCCGCUGAGUGACUAUAAAGGAUGUGCGCAGUCCCUUAAGACCGAGCUCGGUCUACAUAAUUCAUACAGAGGGGAGUGACUUGUUGCUCGUGCUUUUUCUCCCCGUCUGUAUAAAACCUGAAGUUCCCAGCACAUCACGCUUACAGAUGGAGAGACCUCACCGCUCCGCCGGGUUACACGCUCGAGUCCAACCCGACGAGACAUCCCGCUCUUGCCCGGUUCUGCCCCGCGACUUCUAACGGGUCGACUUUUAAACGCCCUCGAAAGCCGCUUUAAUACCGAACCGAUCACCUUUCCGACGUGACUCCCCCCUCCCCUCCCUCUCUCUCCACGCACAGACACACACACACCAAUUACCUCGACACCGUGUGCACGUGAACAUGAAGCCCUUGCUCCGCUCGGUCAGGCUUGGCGCGAUGGCGGCUCCGCGGGCGCUCUGGGUCACGGCGCUGUUUGCGGCUCUUGCGCGCUCGGUGCACGCUGCGGGACCCGUGGUGCGCUGUGAGCCGUGUGACGCCGGCGCGCUCGGCCAGUGCAAGCCGCUGCCACGUGACUGCGCCGAGCGGGUGCGCGAGCCGGGCUGCGGCUGCUGCAUGACGUGUGCGCUGCGUGAGGGACAGGAGUGCGGCGUGUACACGGGACGCUGCGGCGCCGGACUGCGCUGUCAACACCGACCCGGGGAGAGCAAACCCCUGCAGGCGCUGCUGGAGGGAAGGGGGGUGUGCACCAGGACCACUGACAGAAAGCUCGACCACCCUAAGCAACCUGUAGAGGAACAUCUGCCUACGACUACCAUUGCAACUGUCAGCAAGGGUGCUGAUGUGGUGCAGGACACGGCAACAGGUUCUGGGGUUGAGGAGGGUAUGCUGAAAACAGACCUGGAUUCUAAAGGGUCUCUACUGAACCCUAAAGACAGCAUGAUCCGGAUGGAGCAGUUAAAGCAAAGUCAGAUCCACAAAGUGAAGCCAGUGCCCAAUGGUGUCCAUUCUGACAACCACAAUUUCAGCCAGGAUUCCAAAAGAGAGGCUGAGUAUGGCCCAUGUCGCAGACAGAUGGAGAGCAUUAUGAAGAGUUACAGGAUAACCAGCGUGCUGAACCUUCGAUAUUUUCUCAUUCCAAACUGUGACAGGAAAGGCUUCUACAAGAAGAAACAGUGUCGUCCAUCCAGAGGCAAUAAACGUGGUCAGUGUUGGUGUGUCGACAAGUAUGGAUAUCGUAUACCGUCCUACAAGGACAAAGACCAAAGCCAAAUCCACUGUUACCACCAGGAACCUAAAUGAGAAAUGCAGCAAAGGCUGAAGGAAAUUGAAAGAGGGAGGAGGAGCCCCUCUAAAUGGUUUGGAAUCCACAGUGAAAAAUGGGGACAGAGAGAUUUUUAAAGGUGGUGCCCUAUUUCUGAGUACCCCACCUAUGCACCAGAGCAUGGACUCAUCAGGUCACUUUCACACAUCAGGGGAGUAAAAAGAGGGGGCAUGGAGGGAUGGAGGGGAAGAUCUGCGCUAUUCUUUUUUUUUUUUUAUAGCCCAAUGAGGGCACCAUUUGGAUUAAAACCAGAGCAACGUCUAAAUUACCCUUCGGGCUUUAUUACCUUUUGGUUAUGUAUGAAAGCUUCUUCAGUACAUGGGUUUGACUGAAAGUCAUGCCUUUGGCCCUUUUUCUUUUCUGGUGAUAUGAAGCACCUUGAGUAAAUCACUGCCAUGACUAUCACUGUCCCUCUCGUAGCAAAGCGUCCUGUCUCUGCCCUUCUGGUGUCGGACUGUUUGAAAUGGGCAUGCUCAGAAAUGUUGGCCUGCUCUUGCCAAUGGCUCCAUCUGAAGCACAAGCACUUGAUGCACUUUGGUCCCUCACUGAACAACUACCCCAGUCUAUUACAGUGGCCAUAGCUUGCAAACACAUCUAAGAACAUUACAAACGUGUUUAAAUUUAUGCUAUUCUAGGACCUAUUAAUCACACUGAAGGACUUUUUCAAAAAGUUAUUUCAGUGUUGUUGUUUUUGUUUUUCGUUUUUUGUUUUUCAUUGUAGUUAUUUUUCCUUUUAUUCACUGCAUAUGCUUGCUGAUCCCAGGUUAACCAUGUAGAAAAAGAACUACAUGACUUUCUGAUGGCUGUUUUCCUUUCAGCUUUUUUUUUCCAGCCAGAAGGAAAAGAGAUUAACCGAUUUCUCAAAGCUACAGCAUGCAGCAUGCUUCUACGUGUAUUCCAAAUGUAUAUAAUACACACCCACGUAUUUAAAUGCACUAAAAUUCACCACAAAGCACUUGAUAUUGCUCCAGUGCUAGAAAUGCCAAUCAGUAUAUUUGUCAUCUUGUGCAUUUCGCAAAAUAAUUGCUCAGAUUGCACGAUAACUGUCCUUGUAUAAGUGACUAUUGAAGAAAAUGCAACAAUGUCUAGCAUUAGUACUGCAUACCUUCAUAUGCGCUCCAAAGCUUGAUAAGGAUCACUGGCGCUUAUUUUCCCUUUUUUUCAGAUCACUGCCUUAACCAUGUCAGGGCUGGCAUUUGACAAAUAGUUAUUAGUGCUCUGCCUCUCUGAAUGCUGUCCUCUUCCCUUCACCCAAACUGAAAGCUUACAGAUCAGCUCAGUAACCUUAUUAAAUAGCUUGUAUUUUUAUUAUAGUAAGGAUGAUGGGAUUAUUAUUAGUAGUAGUUUUCUUUGUCUGACCUCCUGAGAAAAGACUUGAAAUAUAUAGGGUGCCGGAGAGGUACCCCCACUCCCAGUAGCUCAGUAGCACAAAAUCAGCCAAAAGCUUGACCCCUCAACACCCCCACCCCUCCCAAAAAAACAUAUAUAUAUUAAAUGUGCAAAAUAUAUGUACAAGAAACAAUAUACAAAAAAUGUUGGUGCUAUACCUUUUCUUAUUUCAUAACAAGAUUUUGGAUGAGUAUAACACAGUAUAAAAAAAUUUUGUCCCUUCUUUAACUUGUCAUUUCUAUUUGGAUAGAUAGAUAUUAUGUUUGCUUCUGGCCAGCUUUGUGUCUGAAAAGGCAUGUGAAACUAUUGAAGUUAUUUAUGUACGAAAGGUAUAUAAGCUCAUCCUUUUUCUCUCAUUUUUUUGAGAAUUAAGUGACUGAUUGCACAACAGGUAAUAGAUAGAACUCAACAUAUUUUGGGAAUAUAAUCACUAUUGAGUUGUUUGAUAUUAUUUCAGCAGUGCAUUGUACAAAAGAAGUUAAGAGAUGGUUCAGGUCCUCGGGUUAUGUCAUCUAGUACGAGGCAUCUUCAGAUAUGUCUUGUGAUAAUGGCUAGAUUGAACCUAAAUCUGAAGAUUUAUGUUUUAGAAAGAUUAUGUUUUUAGUUAUUUGCUAAAAACUGAACUUAAACAACAUGAAUGUUAAUGUUAAGCUCAGUGCCACUCUUAACCUUUCUGGGGCCCAAAGCAGAAUUCUGCUUACUCAUAAUAACAGCUAGGUUAUUUUUUUUACACUAUUCCCACACCUCUCCUUUAUUUGAGUCGUAUGUGCUGUAGCUGUUUAUAAAUCAACCUGAUCAACGUGAUUUACUUAUCUAGCUGGGAGGUAGCAGUUUAUAAUGAAUGAUUAAAAGAUUUAUUACAUAUGCACAUAUACUAAUACUAAGCCAAAUAAUAACAAACAAUAUGGUUAUUAGCAUUGCCGGCCCCAGAUGUGGUGAAGAGGAAACUUGAAAAAAAAAAUGCAUGUAGGAUGGACCAGCACUGGUUAAGGUAAUGGUAAGCUAACUUUUAAAAGCUUCACUUUGGCUUAUAGUAAAGCUAAUGAAAAGUUGAUUUAAGAAAAAAAAAAAACUCGCCGUUCCUCAUUCUGUUGUGCAAUGUUAGGGCCACUUAUAGCCGCGGGUCCCUUUUAAGGAUCUCUUCAUUCACGGGUAUUUGUACUUUUACAUAUUAUAUAUGUAUGUAUAUACAUACAUAUAUACAUAUAUGUAUAUACAUAUAUGUGUAUGUAUGUGUAUGUAUAUAUAUAUAUAUAUAUAUAUAU